AUGCUGAUCAAGGAGUACCGCAUCCCCAUGCCGAUGAGCGUGGACGAGUAUCGCAUAGCUCAGCUCUACAUGAUACAGAAAAAGAGCCGCGAAGAGAGCUGCGGCGAGGGCAGCGGCGUGGAGAUCCUGGAGAACAAACCCUACCAGGACGGGCCCGGCGGUUCGGGCCAGUACACCCACAAGGUUUACCACAUCGGCAAGCACAUCCCGUCGUGGUUUUGCUCCAUCUUGCCUCAGGCCGCCCUGCGCGUGGAGGAGGAGUCGUGGAACGCCUACCCGUACACACGCACAAGGUACACGUGUCCGUUCGUGGAAAAGUUCUCCAUCGACAUCGAGACGUACUACAUGCCGGACACUGGCGACCAAUCAGAUGUCUUCAGCCUGUCCUCUGCUGAGAAGAGACAGCGCACAGUAGAUCCCAUCGACAUCGUCAAGGAUUACAUCGCCCCCCACGAGUACCUGGCGGAGGAAGACCCCCGACUCUACCGCUCACUGAAGACCAGGCGAGGCCCGCUGUCCGAGGACUGGAUCCAGGAGAUCACCCGCAGUCCCGGCGACCGCUCGGUCAUGUGCGCCUAUAAACUGUGCAAAGUGGAGUUCCGUUACUGGGGCAUGCAGUCCAAGAUCGAACGCUUCAUCCACGACGUCGGCUUACGCAAAGUCAUGGUGCGAGCCCACCGCCAGGCCUGGUGCUGGCAGGACGAGUGGUACGGCCUGACCAUGGAGGACAUCCGGCAGCUGGAACUAGAGACCCAGCUGGCCCUCGCCAAGAAAAUGGCCCAGUACAGCCUUGGCGAGGAAGGCGUACCCGAGACCAACGGCCGCCCAGCCGCCGAGGACCAGGAAAAGGGGCUGGUCGUCGAAUCCGGAUCUCCCGUCGAGGCAGGCGGAGUCAAACCUGGGGCGGCGCUGGCUGGCCGUGGAGAGCUGACCAAGCAGUGGUCCACGUCCUCCAGAUCCUCCAAUAGGUCGUCCAAGAGAGGAGGAAGUCCUUCUCAUCACAGCCUGAGCGAAUGGAGGAUGCAGAGCAUCGCUAGGGAGUCGGACGACAGCACAGAUGACGAGUUCUUUGAUGCGCACGACGGUUUCUCUGACGGUGAGGAAGUGUUACCCAAGGAGAUCACGAAGUGGAGCUCCAAUGACCUGAUGGACAAAAUGGAAACCAUCGAAGUGGACGAGGUUCAAGAGUCGCUGUAUCCUGAGGCGGGCGGGGACUUUGGUGUCAUGACCAACGAGGAGACGCAUACCGAGCAGUGUCUUCAGCCGUCCAAAAUCCACGUCUUGAUUCUGGUCCUGCACGGAGGAAACAUUCUGGACACAGGAUCAGGCGAACAAAGCAGCAAGCAAGGUGACGUCAACACACUGAGCGGUGCCUUCGAGACGGUGAUGAGGGUUCAUUAUCCAGCCGCGCUGGGCCGCAUCGCCAUCCGUACCGUGUCGUGUCCCGCCGUUUGCGUGGAAGCCUUCUCGCUGGUGUCCAACCUGAGUCCGUACAGCUACGACGAGGGCUGCCUGUCCAGCAGUCAGGAUCACAUCCCGCUGGCUGCGCUGCCACUCCUCGCUACGUCGGCGCCGCAGUACCAGGACGCCGUCGCGGCGGUCAUUCUUCGAGCCAAUCAGGUGUACGCCGAUUUCAUCAGGUCCUUGGAAGGAGCCUCCUUCAACGGACAGGUAUGUGUGAUUGGGGACUGCGUAGGAGGCAUCCUGGGCUUUGACGCUCUGUGCAGUAGUUCUGUUCUGGUGUUGGAAAGUCCAAACAGCAGCAGGCGGGGUAGCGCCAUCAGUGUGCAGGACACAGAGCUGCUAUCUCCCGGCAUCGUCAUCAACAGCGCGUCGCUGGAAGGUAGUCGCCACCUCAGUCGGAGUAACAUCGACAUCCCAAGAUGCUCGGGGCCCGACGAUCCAAAGAAGCAACUCCCGCGCAAACGCAGCGACUCGUCCACCUACGAGCUGGACACCAUUAAGCAUCACCAGGCUUUCUUGUCCAGCCUGCACUCCAGCGUGAUCCACGCGGAGACCUGUUCUCGACGCUCCAGCAGCAGCACCAUGCUGGAGGGCGGCUCCUUGGGCAAAUUUGACUUUGAGGUGACCGACUUCUUUCUGUUCGGAUCGCCUCUGGGCCUGGUGCUGGCGCUGAGGAAGACGGUCGUUCCAUCGUUGGACGUGACGGCUCUCCGUCCAGCCUGCCAGCAGGUCUACAACCUGUUCCACCCGGCGGACCCUUCGGCUUCCCGUCUGGAGCCUCUCCUGGACAAACGCUUUCACUUGUUGCCCCCCUUCACCAUCCCUCGCUAUCAGCGCUUUCCGCUCGGAGACGGACACUCGGCUCUCCUGGUGGAGACGGUGCAGAGCAACCCUCAGCUCCUGAUGGAGCCGGCGCUCCAUCGCAAUCACGAUACGGACAUCAACGAAACCUCCAUCGCAGUGCCUGUCCUUAACUGGCCGGCCUCCAACGCUGGAGCUCACAUUUCAGUGGACGCGGCCUACCCCGCGCCGUCCACGUCUCCGGGGGUCCCUCACAUCCGUUGCCACCGCCGGGCGAGCGAGGCCAGCCUGGCGAGCCAGGUGUCGGGCUUGGCCGACUCGUACGCCGCCUCCAACAUCGCCAACAUCGCCUCUCGCUGGUGGGGCAGCAAGCGGAUGGACUACGCCCUCUACUGCCCCGACGCCCUGACGGCGUUCCCCACCGUGGCCCUGCCGCAUCUCUUCCACGCUUCCUACUGGGAGUCUACAGACGUGGUGUCCUUUCUGCUUCGACAGGUGAUGAGGCAUGAAAACUCUGGAAUCCUGGAGCUGAACGGAAAAGAAGUGUCAGAGUUCACGCCAUCCAAGCCUCGAGAGAAGUGGCUGCGGAAGCGGACUCACGUCAAAAUCAGGAACGUGACAGCCAACCACCGCGUGAAUGACGGCGUGUACACGGAAGACGGCGCCCAGACGGUUACCGGGCGCUUCAUGUACGGCCCGCUGGAUAUGGUGACGCUUACAGGGGAGAAGAUCGACAUCCACAUCAUGACGCAGCCCCCCUCGGGCGAGUGGGUCUAUUUUGACACGCAGCUCACCAACAGCAGCGGUCGCAUCUCGUACACGCUCCCUGACAACAAGCGGCUAGGCAUCGGGGUGUAUCCUGUCAAAAUGGUGGUCAGGGGCGACCACACGUUCGGAGACAGCUACCUCACCGUGGUGCCCCGCGGGACCGAGUUCGUGGUGUUCAGCAUCGACGGUUCGUUCGCCGCCAGCGUGUCCAUCAUGGGUAGCGACCCCAAAGUGCGAGCGGGCGCCGUGGAUGUGGUCAGGUACUGGCAGGAUCUCGGCUACCUGAUCGUGUACGUGACGGGGCGUCCCGACAUGCAGAAGCAGCGCGUGGUGGCGUGGCUCUCGCAGCACAACUUCCCGCACGGCGUGGUCUCUUUUUGUGACGGCCUAGUUCACGACCCGCUCCGCCACAAGGCCAACUUCCUUAAGUGCCUCGUCGGCGAGGCCCAGAUGAGGAUAUUCGCCGCCUACGGCUCCAGCAAGGACAUUUCGGUGUACGCUAACGUCGGCCUGCCGCCGUCUCACAUCUACAUCGUGGGAAGACCCACAAAGAAGAUGCAGCAUCAAUGCCAGUUCAUUCCGGACGGCUACGCUUCGCACCUGUCCCAGCUGGAGUACAACCAACGUUCCCGUCCCGCAAAGUCGGCCAGCGCCCGCAUGGUCUUGCGUAAAGGCAGCUUCGGGCUGGGCGCCGCUUCGGGGGACUUCCUGCGCAAGCGCAACCACAUCUUCCGCACCAUUUCCUCCAAGCAGACCGGCGGCUCGCCCAAGCCUCCGGGCCGGACGGAGCGAACGCAGAGCCAGUGUGAGGCGGAGCGCGGCGCGACGGCACCGGCCGCGACGCAGAGGAGCAUGAGCGUGGCGGCCGGAUGCUGGGGACGCAGCGGGAGCGCCAAGGAGGGAAGCACAGGGUUACACGGCCCCAAAUGA